AUGUCUAUCAGACAGCGAAGAGAAGAAGACCUAGCCGAAUACAUCAAGAGAUUCAAUGAAGAGUCACUCAAAGUCUCCGAUCUACAAGACAGCGUCGCGUUCACUGCGCUCAUGUCUGGGUUAUAUCCCUCGAGUAGUUUCAAACUAAAGCUCGCGGAGAAUGAAGCCUCAUUGUUCUCGGAGGCCAUGAACCUAGCUCAGAAGUUCAUUCAGGCCUCCAACAUCUGUAAAACACACGAAGAGCCUAGCUUCGGAAAAAGAAAGCACGAGUACACCCCUCGGAGGGAAAAGGAUAUAAAGCCUCGAUUAGAAAAUCACUGGAACGAUCCCCGAUAUAACUUGAAUCAAAGAGAGAUCUACUUGGAUAUCAAGGGGAAGUACCCCCUGCCAAAACCCAACCCCAUUCGAACAUCAGCCUGUAAACGAGAUCAGGGGCUCUGGUGUGAGUUCCACCACGAUUGUGGUCACACCACACGUGAGUGUCGAGAACUGAAGAGGGCACUCGACAAGCUGGCUGAUGAGGGGAAAUUGAACCGAUAUCUGAAGGAUCUGAAAGAGAAGAAAGUUGAACCCUGCCAAGAGAAGCAGGCUCGAAGUGACGAGACUGCGGGAUACGUUAAUGUCAUCACAGGAGGGUUCGCCUCGGGUAGCUUAACCAGCCGCUCUCGCAAAAAAACACAUCUACACCCUGAAACAUGGGAGUGA